ACCUUUAUAAUUCGCCAAAGCCACCAGAUUUGCCAAAAAAUAUUCAAGAACAAAAAGAUUUUUUUAUGAGAACAUAUGAUAAGAAUUUUACUGAUUAUAUGGUUGAACAUCCAGAUAUAUUUGAUAAAUAUGCAGAAAUUGAAGUUACAGCUAAUUAUCCAUUUGAAAUUUUCAGACGACAAUGGGAAGCAGUAAAAGAAACAAAUAUUUUACCAAUAUCAAAAACAAUCAAGGUCCCAACCUUACUAAUUCAUGGUGAAGAUGAUAAUGUUAUUCCAAUUAAAGAAAGUGAACUUCUUGCUUGUGAAAUUCCUAACAACAAAUUUAUUUUGAUUCCCCAAGCUGGACAUAC